GGGUAUAUCUGUCAAUUAAGUGUGGAGCUAUCUUCUUCUUCCCCCUCCUCCUCCUUGGGCUCUCCCGAGAUCUUUCUCGAUUUGCCUUUACUCGUUUCUCCUGCGAAAUCCGGUUAUUCUGGGAGCUCUCAAUUUGAAAUUCGAACUAUUUGCUGCUGCUCAUAUAUCCUGGAGGGAGAGUGACUCACUUGGGGUGAUUUUCAAUUGUAAUAGUGAAUUGAUUCGAUAGCUGCUACGACUAUAGUGAUGAGUGAGGAUUUUUUGGUAAUACUACAUUACAUUCUAAUCAGGAGCUAAGCUGCAGUGGGAAUAUGAUGCCUCAGCAUCAGAUCAAGGAGCAACAUAAUGCUCUCGUGAUGAAUAAGAAGAUCAUGUCCAUCCUUGCCGAGAGGGACGCUGCCGUCAAGGAAAGAAACGAAGCCCUGGCUGCUAAGCAGGAAGCUUUAGCCGCUCGGGAUGAAGCCCUUCAGCAACGUGACUUGGCUAUCUCUGAGAGAGAUAAUGCUAUCAUGGAGAGGGAAAAUGCCUUAACUGCUCUUCAACACCGUGAAAACCAUCUCAACUACAUUUUGGAUUGUGCAAAGCGUGGUGGCUACCAAACCUGUUUCACUGAAGAAACCCACUUGCCCAACCCUUCCCCAUUGUCAACCAUUCCACAUGAACCACCCAACACCAAAACGAAAAAAGAUCGCAAACAGGAAACGGCCCGGUCAAAGAGAAAGAAAUCUGGCGGCGAAGAUCUGAACCGUCAGCUUGCUUCUCCUGGGAAGAAAUGCAGAAAGGAUUGGGACUGUAACGAUGUGGGUUUAAACCUUGUCACGUUCGAUGAGACGACAAUGCCAGUGCCCAUGUGCACUUGCACCGGGACUGCUCGUCAGUGUUACAAAUGGGGGAAUGGCGGGUGGCAAUCGUCUUGCUGCACAACCACUUUGUCUCAGUAUCCGCUCCCGCAGAUGCCAAACAAGCGGCAUUCUCGAAUAGGCGGUAGGAAAAUGAGUGGAAACGUCUUCUCCAGGUUACUUAGCCGUUUAGCUGGUGAAGGGCACGACCUCUCCUCUCCGGUUGAUCUCAAGGACUAUUGGGCUAGGCAUGGCACGAAUCGCUACAUCAUUAUCAAGUAGCCAAGAUUGAUGAACCACUAUGUUUUAUCAGGUGUGUUUCUCUCUUCAUCCCUAUUUUCUUCUUCGUUUUUUUAACAAUUAGGUUCAAAAGUGGGAUGAAAGAAUGAAGCUUAGACUCAUUUUUGUUUUUGUUGUCUAUAUAGUUCAGCUAAUGCCAAAUGUUUAGUAGUAUUGUUUUGGCUUGGUUUCGUGUUUAUGUAAUUGUAAACAGUCCAGUGAAUGAUGUCAUAUUUUAUUUU